CAGAGCCGAAGGCCCAGACACGAGGGCAGGAGAGCCGAGCUGAGCAGCUUAUUCAGAAGGCACUGAGGAAAGACAGGAUCUUGUGAACAGGACGCUUUUCGGACACAGCUUAUGAAACCCUCAGUACCUCCUGCAGGGGAGACCUCACAGCUUCCCCAGAUUGGGAAGGAAAAUAUGGAAUGUGUUUUACCGCUGACUGAACACAACCCAAUGAACUGUCCUGACAGUAGUUUGAAAACCAGCAGCUAGCAGUUUGUGCAACUCCAGCAUCAUCCAGCACUUUCCAGAGCAGACUCAUUGUUUACGAGAACUCUCGGCCUGACGACGUUUGAACCUCAAGCUCGGUGGCUUUCAAAUACUUCUGCAAAAGAAAAGUACCCGGAGCCCCCUUUCCAAAAUGGCCACAGAUGAGUAUCUGUGGAUGGUCAUCUUGGGUUUUUUCAUAGCUUUUAUCUUGGCGUUUUCCGUGGGUGCCAACGAUGUUGCCAAUUCGUUCGGUACCGCCGUGGGCUCGGGCGUGGUGACCUUGAGGCAGGCCUGCAUCCUGGCUUCAAUCUUUGAAACCACCGGCUCGGUGUUACUGGGGGCCAAAGUUGGAGAGACCAUCCGGAAAGGCAUCAUUGAUGUGAACCUGUACAACCACACUGUGCAGACGCUCAUGGCCGGGGAGGUCAGUGCCAUGGUCGGCUCGGCCGUCUGGCAGCUCAUUGCAUCCUUCCUGAGGCUCCCGAUCUCGGGGACUCACUGCAUUGUUGGGGCCACCAUUGGAUUCUCCCUCGUCGCAAUUGGUACAAAAGGUGUGCAGUGGAUGGAGCUGGUCAAGAUUGUUGCUUCUUGGUUUAUAUCUCCGCUGUUGUCUGGUUUCAUGUCUGGCGUGCUGUUUGUACUGAUCAGAAUGUUCAUCUUAAAAAAGGAGGACCCCGUUCCCAACGGCCUCCGGGCGCUUCCCGUGUUCUAUGCCGCUACCAUCGCGAUCAAUGUGUUUUCCAUCAUGUACACAGGAGCCCCAGUGCUGGGCCUGGUCCUUCCCAUGUGGGCGAUCGUGCUCAUCUCCUUCGGGGUCGCGCUGCUGUUCGCCCUCUUCGUGUGGCUCUUUGUGUGUCCGUGGAUGCGGAGAAAGAUAGCAGGCAAAUUACAAAAAGAAAGUGCUUUAUCGCGAGUCUCUGAUGAAAGCCUCAACAAAAUUCCGGAAGCGGAGUCCCCAGUAUUUAAAGAGCUACCGGGUGCCAGGGCUCACGACGACAGCACCGUCCCCCUCACCGGGUCAGCCGCGGAGCCGUCCGGGACCUCAGAAAGCACGACAGGGGGACACCACCCCCGCGUACCGUACGGCCGGGCGCUGUCCAUGACGCACGGCGCCAAGUCGCCCGUGUCUAACGGGACCUUCGGCUUCGACGGCUCGGCGCGCAGCGACAGCCACGUGUACCACACGGUGCACAAGGACUCGGGGCUCUACAAGGACCUGCUGCACCGCAUCCGCGACGAGCGGCCGGCGCCGGACGGGGCCCCGCGGCUGCUGCGGCGCAACAACAGCUACACGUGCUACACGGCGGCCAUCUGCGGGCUGCCCGGCCUGGCCACGCGCCGCGGCGACGCGCCCGCGCCCGAGGACAGCGAGAAGCUGGUGGCCGACGCCGUGGCCUACUCCCGCCGGCGGCUGCGCUACGACAGCUACUCCAGCUACUGCAACGCCGUGGCCGAGGCCGAGAUCGAGGCCGAGGAGGGCGGCGUGGAGGUGUGCCUGGCCAGCCCGCUGGCCGAGCCCGAUCCACCGCGCGACGACGCGGCGGACGACGAGAAGGAGGAGAAGGACUCGGCCGAGGUCCACCUGCUCUUCCACUUCCUGCAGGUCCUCACCGCCUGCUUCGGCUCCUUCGCGCACGGCGGCAACGACGUGAGUAAUGCCAUUGGUCCCCUGGUAGCUCUGUGGCUGAUUUAUGAACAAGGUGCGGUCCUACAAGAAGCAGUGACUCCCGUCUGGCUGCUGUUUUACGGAGGGGUUGGAAUUUGUACAGGCCUCUGGGUUUGGGGGAGAAGAGUGAUACAGACCAUGGGGAAGGACCUCACCCCCAUCACGCCGUCCAGCGGCUUCACCAUCGAGCUGGCCUCGGCGUUCACCGUGGUCACCGCCUCCAACGUCGGGCUGCCCGUCAGCACCACGCACUGCAAGGUGGGUUCGGUGGUGGCCGUGGGCUGGAUUCGCUCGCGGAAGGCCGUGGACUGGCGCCUCUUCCGGAACAUCUUUGUGGCCUGGUUCGUGACCGUGCCCGUAGCGGGGCUGUUCAGUGCUGCUGUCAUGGCUCUGCUCGUGUACGGGAUCCUUCCGUUCGUGUGACCGGUCCUCUUCCAGCCGGUAAACAAGGGAUGGGCCGGGCUGCGUGUGGGCGCUGCGUGCUGUCUCCCGCCAGCGCCUCCACGACCCUCUGUGAUGUUCCACACCACACUGCCCACCUAGGUGUAGAGUCGUCCUCCAGAGCUAACUUGACUACUGUACAUAAUCAUGUGCACUAAACUGGUAUCGUGGUGAUAUAACAUGGUGCGGUUACUUAUAUAUUAAAUAUAUAUGGUAUACAUAGAAUAAUAAGUAGUGCUAUUUCAGACAUACUCGAAAUGGGAGUGGAGACACUUGCCUAGAAUUCGAUAUUCAACAAAUCUUUGUACAUACUGAUUUCAGUGGCAAAUUUUAAGAACCUUUGAAAAGGAAAGUGUAGAUUGGAAAAUGGUAUUUUUUUCCCAUUUAAUAUACUGUAACGUAAGUGAGAUACAGGAUGGAUGAUACCCAUUUGGGAAGGUGUACGUGUGUCAGUGUGCUAUUGAAUACUGGAACAGGAGUUCACAAGUGCUUUCACUGAAGAAUUUGUUCAUAUACUGUGUAUUGAUUAUGUAAUAUAUCAUAAUUGCUUCUGUAAAUACUUAAAACUGUAAUUUUUUAAUGGUGUGCUUCCCUUAUCCUUUUUUGAUCAGAGAAGUUUGGAAAGUACCAAAGAAGCAGGGGAAUAGUUUGCCAGUAUUAUAUUUUCAUACUGUUUGUCUCCCCUUCUCACUAAUCCUACCAUUAGCCUGGGAUGCGGCAGGACCGCCAUGCUCUGACCUGCCCUGGGGCAGGGUGUAUGGUGAGGCACCAGCCCCCAGCGCGUGCACGUCCCACUUCCGGUCCCCGUCCCCGCCACCACGCUGCCACCGCUGCCCCGUGCCAGAUCUUGGCCCUUCAUUGUUGUCAGUGUAGAGAAGGUACGGCAGCGAGGACGCGUGAUCGACACUACA